GUUCGAGUGUCGGUGUCACCAGUCCGAUUGGAGGAUACAGAUGCUCUCACAUUGGGAUUGAUUCGUUUAAAGCAGGCUGACCCAGCUGCUAGUGUGGCGCGGAAUCCAGACACAGGAGAACUGCUCGUUGGAUGCUGCGGCGAUGAGCACCUGCAUCGUUGU